CCUCAACUUUCAACAAACUUGAAAAAGACAACAACAAAAGAAUGACUACUACUCAUUGUUCUCAACUUCACAUUGCACUUUUUGCUUUCCCUUUUAGCAGUCAUCCAACCUGUUUACUCAAUGUUAUGCAAAAACUAUCUUCAUUUCUACCAUCAAACACACUUUUUUCCUACUUCAACACAUCACAAUCCAACACCUUAACCUUCUCUAAAUCAUCAAAAUCAAACAACCUCAAAGUCUACGAUGUUUGGGAUGGUGUCAAAGAAGGAAAUGACACCCCUUUUGGACAUGAAGCCAUUGAACUUUUCAUACAAUCAACUCCGGCUAAUUUUGAGAAAUCGAUGAAAGAGGCGGAGGAGGAAAGAGGUGUGAAACUUUCUUGCAUUUUUAGUGAUGCAUUCUUAUGGUUUUCUUGUGAAUUGGCUGAGAAAAUUGACGUUCCUUGGAUUGCCUUAUGGAUAAGUAGUUCUUAUUCUUUAUCUGCUCAUUUGUACACUGAUUUGAUUCGAUCGAACAAGGGAACAUCAUUAAACAUUCCAGGAUUUCCAUCAAGUUUAAGGAUCAGUGACGUGCCACCAGAAGUAGCAGAGAAUUUAGAGGGGGCAGUGCCAUCUAUACUUUACAAUAUGGCAUUAACUUUGCACAAGGCUGUUGCUGUGGUAGUGAAUUCCUUUGAGGAACUGAGUCCAACGAUCAACAAAGACCUCAAAUCCAAGCUCCAAAAGGUGUACAACGUUGGCCCUUUAGUACUAGAAUCAUCAAAUAACGUAUCUUUAGAGGUUGAUUCUGAUGAAAGUGGAUGCAUCGAAUGGCUCGACAAGCAAAAUCAGAAGUCAGUUGUGUAUAUUAGUUUUGGAACUAUAACAACAUUAUCCCCUAAUGAAACUUUGGCAAUAGCAGAUGCCCUAGAAGCGAAAAAGGUACCUUUUAUUUGGUCAUUGAAAGACAAUGACGUCAAGAUUUUGCCCAAAGUUUUUCUUGAAAGAGCUGAGGAAUUUGGGAAGAUAGUUUCUUGGGCACCCCAGUUGGAAAUCUUGGCACAUUCAUCUAUUUGUGUUCAUGUAUCACAUGGGGGAUGGAACUCCGUUCUGGAAAGCAUAUCACAUGGUGUGCCGAUGAUUUGUAGGCCUUCUUUUGCUGACCAAAAACUGAAUAGUAGAUUGGUGGAGAGUGUUUGGGAGAUUGGUUUACAAAUUGAAGGUGGGAGUUUCACCAAAAGUGGAACAAUGAGUGCAUUGGAUAUUUUCUUCAACGAUGAUAAAGGGAAGGUUCUAAGGCAAAAUGUUGUAGGGCUAAAAGCAAGAGCACUAGCAGCUGUGAAACCAGAAAAUGGAAGUUCAACACAAAAUUUCAAAGCUCUAGCAGAUCUAGUUAAACGUCACAAGCUCGCUUGAUUGUUAUUAAUACGUUAUAAUUGCAAUAUGCAACUAUGUAUUAUCAGCUGGAGCUUUUUUUUGUUUGUGUAGAUAGGAAUAGUAUUUUACUGUAAAAUACUAUUCUUCGUUUUUACCCCUUCCUAGGAGCUCCCCUCCCUAUCAGAUGAAACUUGCUAAGUUUAUUGUCGGAUAAUGCUCUUGGUUUUAGUAAGAUUAAUGUUGGUCGAAA